AUGGUAGACAGAAAGAGGCAUUCCUCUUUCAACUAUCCCAAGUCAGAGGAGGCUCCAUCAUGGACAACCCUACCUCACAAGAAUAUAUUUUAUGUAAAGAGUGGCGUUUACAGUUUUGGCAUUGUGUUGCUUGAGAUACUAACAGGCUUAAGGGCAUUUGAUGUGAACUGUCCAAAAGCAAAACGUCUUUUAGUGGAGUUGGCCAGACCACUCUUAUCUAGUAAAAGAAAACUGAACACUAUAACGGACUCUAGAUUGGAGGACAAUUAUUCUGUGGAUUCUGCAUUCCAAAUAGCACAGCUAGCUUUAAAUUGCCUCCAGAGGACUCCUUACAAGCGGCCUUCCAUGACUGAACUCGUGGAAGAACUGGAAUCGAUAGAAGCUGCCAAUGCUAACAGAAUACCACGGGGUUCUUGA